CCACAGCCAACUUCAGUCCUGAUCAACGGGACCCUCAGGACCACACCAAUCUUAAUAUGACAUCCAUUCCCUUUUAUUAGACUGUUUAAAAUAAAGGGGAAAAUAAAAAUAAAUCGACAUUUUAACAGAAAAAUAAAGAAAAUGCACACUUAACCGUAGUUAAACAUUUUAAAGGACAUACCGCGCUAACUGGAUAUUAUUCGCUCUGGAUAUUAAGGAUUUCCCACUUCUGCAGACUGAACAUUUAUGUCGCGUGGACGCGACACCGACGACAGCAUAGCGGUGGAUUUCUUGAUGUGAAUUUUGAAAGAAGUUUGUCGUUUCAAUGAAUCUUUCAGUCUAUACAAAACACCCGUCACGAUGAAUGAAGUUCUCAUCGGAUUUCACAUCUACUAGGUGCGAUUUAAACAGAGAAACUGACGGACAAAGAGUCAUCUAUCACCUGAACCAUCCCUCGAGGAUUCUCCCUCUCUCGCUUUCUCUCUCUGAAUACCUGUUUCGCAUCCAUCCACAAGUACAUACUUCACCCACAAGACUUUAUUUUGCCUUGACCUUCAACUUUAAAGUAACUGUCAAAAUUUUGCCUUUCAUAUAGCAGGUCAAUACAGCAAAUGUGAUCCCUCAGGAUGCAGCGCGUUUUAAUGCUCGACGGCCACAUUGAAAGCAUAUAAUUGAAAACAAAAGCACACGCGAGCGUGAGAGACCUGGAAGCACCACACAUAAAGCUGCAAAACACUUUCAGGGGUUGGUGGUUGACAGCAGACAUGGCUGCCAUAGCAGUUGUCCCCAACUACACCCCAUCAGUAUGGGUACGGUUAUGCCAUGCCAUUCCCCGCCUAGACUUGACCCUGCAGAUCCGAGAUAGUGUGUUCACGCCAGACAGCUGGGAGUACCAGCAGACUCUUCUGGUCCUCUCCAGCUUUUCUGCCAUCGCUCUCCUCCUCUCGUUACUUGUCGUUCUUUCCUUCCUCAUCCACUACUGCUGCUGCCAUCGCGGUGAAGGGGGCAGGGACGCAGAUGAAGAAGAGGAGGACGACGAUGCCAGCGGUGGCCAUGGAUACGGCAGCAGAAAGGGGCGUGGCAUCUGUUGUGUCACAUGGGUAUCGGUCACGGCGGUGAUAUUGUGUUGUGUUGCCAUAGGCGUUGGUUUCUACGGCAACAGUGAGGCGAACGAUGGGAUGUAUCAGUUGACCUCAUCUUUGCUCACUGCCAAUUACACGCUGGCUUCCAUCGAUCUACUGGUUUCAGACACUGUGACCGGGCUGCAGCAAUCUAUCUCAGGUCCCUUGACCUCCAUGGAGGAGGUGUUUGGAGGACAUAAACCAGCUCUCGUACCCACGCGCUCCUGCAGGCGUCUGUCAGAGCGGGUGGUGUCUCUCCUUUCCAACCUGACAUUGGGAAAAGGUCUGAUACCUGUCAAUGAUGGAAUUUACAGGGCCAAUGGAAGUGAAAGCAUAGUGGGAGCCCUGACCCCAGCUCCACCAUCUGUGACCCUAACCCUCAGUCCAUCCUCCAAUAACGUUCCUGUGCCAUUCGCUCCAGGCUGGGCAGCCAACACGCUCAUGGUAAAUGAAGACUACAGGUGGCUGUCAUACGUGCUGUUGCUUUUGCUGGAUUUGGUGGUGUGUUUCUUUAUUCUUCUUGGUUUGGCCAAACAGGCCCGCUGGCUACUUAUCCUGAUGACAGUGCUGACCUGGCUGGCUCUGUUUCUGAGUUGGGGUUCUCUUGGACUUGAGACAGCCACUGUGGUUGCCCUAAGUGAUUUCUGCUUUGACCCAAACACAUUUGUUCUGAACUCCACUCACUUCAACUCUAAGACAAGUACAGAAAUCCUGGACUACUACUUAACCUGCAACAGGAGAAUGAACAGCCCAUUUCAGCAGCUACUGACCCAGUCCCAGAGAGCACUGUCCAGCAUUCACUCCCAUCUGUCCAAUCUGGAGAGAGACACCCUUCCUCGGUUUCCAAAGGCAGAGAAGUCACUCAGGGAGGUACAGCAGAUCCUUAACUCUACUGAAGGCAACUUCCAUCAGCUUGUAGCUCUUCUUAACUGCAGAGGGCUGAACAAGGAUUACGUUGACUCAUUGAAGGGCCUGUGCUAUGAUGGGAUGGAGGGAUUGCUCUAUCUUUCCCUCUACUCGUUUCUCUCAGCUUUGGCAUUCACAGCCAUUCUUUGCUCGCUCCCCGGAGCCUGGAGGAGCUUUCACAGCGAUUCAGAGGAAUACGAGGACUCGGACAGCGAAAGCGAGGACCCCUUCACUUCUCAUCAGGCACGUAGACAGACGACCAUGGGCUCCCAGCGAGGGGCCUUGCCCCCCUUCUAUAAUUACCAGGGGGCCGCCUGGACUCCCCCAUUUUCUAGCGCGCCACCUUUACCGACUCCAAACGUUUCCUCCAAUGGCAACCCUGGUUAUGAGAACCUGCCUUUGAGUGACAGGCAGUCCCCACCCCCCUCUUACUCUCCCAGCAUGCUGACUGGCUAUGGGGGCAGUCAAUCACACCCCAACCCUGCCCAUUCCAGAAACAUGUACUCGCACUAAUGAUUUUUUAUGUAUAGUAGAAAAAAUGUAUAGGAAGGUUAAUUUUCAUAUGGAUGGACACUUUAUGAGAUGAGAGACUAAUUUAAAAGAAGUUUUAAUUCUAGAUGUUAAAUAUCUGUGACGUCAGUACCAUUAAGUCUUGGAAGCGUCUGAGUUUAACCAACCUGAUCUCAUGGGAAUCAUAUGUAUUUUACAAGUUGGCAAAUUUGUAUAAAAUAAACUGUACUUAAAUGUAUGAUUAUUAGAAAUAAAAAACAAUAAUGAUAUCCCACCACCUUAACCACGUCCCUAAACCCAACUUCAUAGGGACGAAAGCAGAAACGUACAAAUUCUUAAAUAGCCAUCUUGUUAAAAUGCCGUGAGAUUGUGUUGGUGUUAAAAUGACUGUAUGUUCAUUUAGUCGUAUGGACCUCUCACUUCCUCUUCCUGUAGUGUCAUUGUAUAAAUCGCUCUGAGAUGGAAACAGGACGGUAUUGACGUUACACUAGUGGUCUAUUUUUAAAUGUACUGUAUAACCACUUUAAUUUUGUAGUUUUUAUAUUGUUAUAUGUAGUCACAGAUACUUAGUGGCAAUGGCACAAUUUUGUUGUAAGAUUAUGCAGUUUUCUUUUCACAUUUAAAAAAAAAAAUAUUUGACAGGGCCCUGUUUUAUAAGUGGCAGUUCUGUAUUACCUUGUAUACCUUCUGAUACUAUAUAAUACUGAUUUAUUUAUAUAAUAUAAAUAUAUAUAUAUAUAUAUAUAUAUAUUCAAUGUAUAAAUGUUUGAUUGUUAAUGCUGUUUGAUGAUCAACAAAACAUCAGUAAAACAUUGUUGAGGGCUGGUGCCCAUUUCCUCUGCUGGCUUUGAGCAAUACAACUGAGUUUUGCCAUUUGCAAACAUUGGCCAUAAUGUAAGCAGCAAUAAUCAUCAGGACUUGCAAGCACCAUUUGUCUCUGUGUGUGUGUGUGUGUGUGUGAGAGUAUAUACAGUGUAUAUAUAUAUGGCUAUCAACCUGUUGUUAAUCCUUAAAAAUUAGUUUCUAUGGUUUAAUGCUCCUUUUGAAUGGCAUCCUUUUUCACUAAAGAGUCUAAUAUAAAAGAAAUAAAAAUACAGUAACAAAAGUGAAAUGUUUCGUUGGUGUUUUUAUACCUGCAGAACUCCAAUAAACUCAAAUAAGCAUACACACACACUACAUGGAUAUCCCUUUAAACAUUAUGGAUACAGCUACACACAGGUGCAUAAAAUAAAGGAUACAAUCUUUUUUUUUUACUUUUUGGGUCCAUUUUCUGUAUUCUGCAAAAAGUGAGAUGAGUGAAACUAUUUACAUAACUUUUCUUCAGGUAAAGUUUGAAAAAUUGCAAGUUUAAAGUUAUAAAACAAACUUAACUCUAAAUAGUUUAAAAAAGGAGCGAGUGUAAGAGGAGUGAGAGUAAGUGUGAUUGUUUUGUGAUUGCGUGAAAAGUUAACAGAAAUGAGUUAAGCAAAAAACCUGUAACAUCCUGUGAAAUCUUCACAGACGAGUAGAAACUGUUAUAGCAGAGGAGGAACUACUCCUCAUUAAUGUCAAUUCUUUGUUAACAUUUAAUGUAUUUGGGUCUUUCCACAUGUUAAAAUAUGUAGUGCAUAUUGAUUUACAUAUUAAAAAAAGUAAUAUCCUCAGUGGUCACUAUGUCAGAUCCAGAAGAUAACUGGUCAUUAAGACAACAAAUGAAAUUUAUAGCAACAUUUCAUCACAAAAAUAUGACACUUGAUCCACACUGGUUCAUUAUUAACUCCUUUAGUCUAAUAUGGUAUCAUGAUUGGUGAUCAUAAGAAGUUGCACUUGUUAUUGUGAAGUUAUUCAAGUUUUUUUCCUGUUAUUAGUUAUAGUCUU